AUGGCAAACUACGAGCGCAUGGAGACUACUUGUAACAAUCAAGACGAUCAGCUAGAUGUGGUACGGCUGCUGCGAACGGAGGGACAGCCACGAAACGAAAGCAUCUUCGCGGAACCCAAGAUCACGGCCGAUUUCCUGAGUGCCGACCAGUCGACAUGUCGGCACACGCGAUCCAGUGCCAAAUCCGACAUGAACAUCCCAUCAGCACCAUCAGCCCCCCUGACGGAGCGGCCCGUUGGGUCUGCAUUUACGAGUCCCAUGCGACCCAAGAGCACGCCAUUCCCAUACCCAAACAGCGAACGGCGGACCCAGGACGAAUAUGACAUCGAAACCUCCUUUACACAUCGUUCGACGCCCAGCCGAGACAUGGAGAGCGACGACAUGGAGUCACUGGGUGCAAGCGGCGAGCGGGAAGCGAGCAACGCGAAAUUACGACUGGGCGAUCUGCCUUUGGAGAUGCUGGAGGCGAUCCUGGACCACAUUUUUGGAUUCCGCGUGUCGGCCACCUCCCUGAGCGGCAAGGCCAUGCUGGGGUCCAACAACUCCCAGUGGAGCACGGCCAUGCGAUACUCGCGGCGGAGGGAGCUCACGGUGUUGUCGUGCGUCAACAAGACAUGGAGGGUGCUGAUCCAGCAGCGCCUCUAUCGGCACAUCAAGCUCAAGGGCACAUUGGACUCCUUGGAGGAGGCGCAGAUGCAUCUGGCCUGCCACCCGACGCUGCGCGGCUAUGUUCACCACGUUGAGAUCUGGUAUCCGGUCUUUUGUCCAGCGCCAGCCACGCAUCCACGGCUGGUCCGGUCGCAUCACGCGCCCGAUGCCGCCGAAGUGAGGUGCCCCCGCCCGAGCAACAACAUAAAGUGCACGUUGGAGGAGUCUUUUAGAUUUGUGCAGACCACCCUGCCGAGGGCACGGAUCUUCACUCUCGAGGGCGGCGAAAGACGGAAAGCGCCCAAGAUUGUCACCUUUCGCGGCAGGCACAAGUCGGAACUGCCCGUCCUCGAAAGCGUCCACACCUUGAUCACCAAGGGACAGUGGAACCUGGUGCGCGAAGACGCCGACUUUGUCACCCUGCUGCAGUCCAUGCCCAACCUUGCGCAAUGGCACGCGUCGUACAGCAGGGGCAAGAGCAAAUCGUACAUCUCCAUGGCGCGGAUACUGCCUCGUCUCGAGGUCUUGGCUCCAGCGCUGAACGAGAUGCGGCUGUGUAUCGAGGGGGACGGGCGGCGGGAGACGCACAGCCCGGUAUUCUACCGCAAGGUGGCCCAGCAGACGAACGUGUGCUGCUCGCUCGUUUGGGCGGCCGUGAACAUGGAGCGUUUCUCAUACUCUGGCCGCCUUUGCCAUCAUCUAUUCGAUGGCCUGGCACAAUUAUCCGACCCGCGGGUGUCCAAGCUUAGGUCGAUUGAUAUCACGGUCAAGAACUGCUGCCGUUCGCUUCUUGAGAUUGACAAGCACGAGUCGGCUUCGGGGAUUAUGGACCUGGAGUUUAUUAGGAGAUUCGAAUCCUUGACCAUGGCGGCGAUCAAGUCCCUGGCAGUAUUGAAGCAGGUCACCCAUCUGAGAAUACGCUUCAUUGACUUGGACGCGCCGCUUCCACAGCUGAACCCCUUCUUCUCCUACCAAGGCAACGUUGUCAUGGGCGUAUGGUCGCCCGACAUCAUUGCCGAGAUGGAGCGUGUGCGGCCCAUGGCGCAGUGGCAGGAGAUCAACGACACGUUUGGGACCAUCGAGUACGGUAAGGACGGCAAGAUGGUUCUCAGACCGGAGACGCCGGGGACCAAGAUUCGCUCGCUGCCGCUGUCACAGUACAGGAGGCUCACCGCUGGGUCGCACCGGAUGACCAUCACCUAG